AUGUCAACAAUUGUAGAUUAUAGAAAUAAAUUAAUUCUUGCUCCGAUGGUUAGGAUUGGAACUUUGCCUACGAGACUUUUGGCUUUAGAGUACAGCGCAGAUCUAGUUUAUUCACCUGAAAUGAUAGAUAAAAAAAUUAUUGCUUCCGAAAGAAGAUAUGAUGAAGAGACAGGAUUAAUUUCGUAUGUGGAUAAUAAAGAUUCAGUGAACUUUAAAACACAUUCAAUUGAAAAGUCUAAACUGAUUUUUCAGAUCGGAACUGCUGAUCCAGAUCUUGCUCUUCAAGCUGCAUUAAAAGUAAAGAAUGAUGUCUCAGGAAUAGACAUUAAUUGUGGUUGUCCUAAAAGGUUUUCCAUUCAAGGUGGAAUGGGUGCAGCUUUAUUAACAGAACCAGAAAAAUUGAAAGCAAUUUUGACUAAUUUAGUACAAAAUUGUGGAUUACCGGUUACUUGUAAAAUAAGGAUGUUAGAUACCAGGGAAAAAACCAUAGAACUUUGUAAAAUGAUAGAAUCUACAGGUGUCUCGGCAAUUACAGUUCAUUGUAGAACACGCGAUGAGAGACCAAAAGAUCCGGGACAUUGGGACAUCUUCAAAGAUAUUGUAGAAAAUACAUCAAUACCUAUUAUUGCGAAUGGAGAUGUAUUCCAACGUUCGGAUAUAGAUAAAUUAAAAGAAAUGUCAAAUGUGAGUUCAAUAAUGAUCGCUCGCGCUGCCCAAAUUAAUGUUUCAAUUUUUCGAAAAGAAGGAAUGUUACCUCUUGAAGAAGUUUCAAUGGAAGUUGACAAUAAUUGGGCAAAUACCAAAUAUACUCUUAUGCAGAUGCACGCGGAUCAUUCUAAAGAACUGAAGCAUAUGAAAUUAACUUACGCAAAGUCAUAUGAAGAAAUAUGUAAAAUUUACAAUUUGGAAUCUUAUUUUCAAAAGGCUAAACUAACAUCACCAAAAUCCAGAAAUGGAAAUCAUUUGGUUACAUGUAAAGAUACUUACGACAAUUCAAAAAUUGACAAAAAAAAAUCUUGA